UGUAGUUACCACAGUGAACACGCCUGCACUUGUGUCUCUGUAAGAGCUGCUUUUCCUCCUCCUCCUCCAGCUUCUCUUCUUCCUUCUCAGGUUAAGAGAAAACACAGAGACUGCCGCUGCUUCACACAAGCCAGCUGAUUCACUCCAAAAAGCCAAGAUGCAGACAGCAGAGGCCUUGUCAGCGCUCCUCACUACCAACAGGAACUGCUCGUUUGAAAUCACCAACGUCAGCUCUGUCUACUGCCUCAUUAACCCAAAGGUUUACAUGUCAAGCGGCUUCUGCCACCACCCGCCGCAGCCCACUAUCCGCAGCAUGCGCACCGAGCUCUGCUCCUUCGACAAGGAUGACCACACUGCCACCGGCGCAGUGGGCCUGCUGACCUACGACCUCUUCCACAUGCAGAACCGGACAUGCUCCCAGCGCAUGGCCAUCAUGUUCUCAGUGCCUUACGACCACAACUUGUACAAGAACCGACUGGCGGUGGGGAUCUUUGAGGCGUCGCACAACUGUGACAAGAAAAUGUACGAGCAAAUGUACGACGGCAAGGAGACGGGCUACUUCAGCCGGGCCGACGCCAGCGGCUCCGGGCUGGUGUUCGGCAAUAACCAGGUGGAUGUCAGAGCCACCAUGUCCACGGUGGGCAAAGCCAUCAUUAAAGUGGAGUUUUACGAUCAACUGACUCGUUAGUUUUCCACUGUCGGGGUCAGUCGGAGUCAAAUUGGUGAUUUUCAUUUCAUUUUCCAUAAUUAGGCUCUGUGGUAAAUCAUCUCGAGCUGAGCCAGAAAAUUACACACUGAUAUUUUAACUGAAUACUGUGUUGCUCAAUUAUCGAAUUAUUCAAUUUGUGUAGGUCUGAAUUUGUCCAAAAUGAAGACUAAAUAUAAAACGAGUGCAUUCAAAUCUAGCCGUCGACUGGCUCCUUUGUAAUGUGCCUUCAAUGUUAUUUCAUUGAUAAUAAAGCACU